CGUUUUCUGUCAAACUAGUUUAUAUGGUGUAUAAUUGAUGGUAGGAUAUCAAUUUCUAAAAUCCCUAGCCUAAAGUAGACUAUUUGGCUAUAAUUCUUGCUAUAAUAAUAAGGUAUUAACCCAUAAUAAUAUGAUUUUGUUAAUGUGUCAAACAAUCCUCAAACUUGGGCCAUAAAAACUGUUUAUCUCAACGGGCCCAAGCUUGGGAUUAGGUAAGGGCCUAGUCCGUUACUGUCUCUACUCUCUAGUCGCGAAACUGGAACUUGGAAGCAUGCCCAGUUCACAUCUCUUGUUGGCAAUCCUCUGAAUAUCAGAACAAAAUUAGUAGGAGAAAACCCCGCGGCGGCCGCUGAACAGCCGGCGACGAAGACUUUUUAUUCACCUCACCUCCCGCUCUCCGAUCGGCCAGCGACCGAGCUCGAAGAAGAAUCAAUCUCGAGACUCUCAGGUGAGUUUGGGUAACUUAUUUAUCAGUCUUGAACCCUAAAGCCUCAGAUUUUUAUUUUUAUGUUCGGAAUCGAAUUCAAUCCAAUCGCUGGUUGCAUAGGGUUUCCUGUUUCUUGCUUUUCUCAGGGUUUUCUUCCUAAUCGCGAGCUGAUAUCAGUUUUGAAUACCAUGACUGUUCUUUUCCCCCACAGGCGAUAAGCUCUGAAACGAUGUUCAAUUUGACCUCGAGGCUCUGCAGAGGGUUGAAUCUGAAGGAGCUAGUCACUAAUGCCCCUGUCUAUGAAACCUUCACCGAUGGGUCCGCCACCGGCGGCCUGAACGUGAUGUUCCGCCGAUGGGCUACAAAGAAGACUGCUGGAUCCACAAAGAACGGACGAGACUCCAAGCCCAAGAACCUGGGAGUCAAGAAAUUCGGUGGGGAGAGAGUGAUUCCGGGGAAUAUCAUAGUUCGGCAGCGAGGGACGCGAUUUCAUCCUGGAAACUACGUCGGGAUCGGGAGAGAUCACACUCUGUUCGCAUUGAAGGAAGGAAAUGUCAAGUUCGAGACUCACAAGCUCAGUGGUCGGAAAUGGGUUCACAUUGUCCCCAAAGAAGGCUAUGAUCUCCACCCUGUUUAUGCCGAUGCAAGCUCUGGUUCCCCAGAAAUGGCGAUGAAGACCGCAUCUUGAAAAAAUUCAAACUGAUCAGCCUGGUGUUAUCAAUAACCCUCUCUUUCAACU